AUGUUGGCACGCAGAGCUUCAAUCACAGCCGUCGGCGCACCUCGCAUGGCGCCAGGCGUCAUGGGCAUCCGCCGCAGCGCCUGCGCACGCGGCCUGAAGGAGAACCUCUCCACGCUUGCGCCCAUCGACUCGAUCAACGCCGUGUCCGUCCGACUUCCGCACGGCGCCGACUGGGCCAUCCCCAACGCCCCGGGCAAGGCGGCCAGCGCGCGGAUCUACGCGCACCUGGCUGCGCAGCACGGCGGCGUGCUCACGUCUGCGGCGGCUGAGGAGGGGCUGCGGCUCUAUGGAGAGUUCACAGAGGAGGCCAGGCAGCAGCCGGGGUCGCAUCCAAACAUUGAUCUGUUGUUUAGGGUGAUACAGGAGGACCUGCGGUGCGACGUCACCGUGGAGCCCCGCGCCGCCGAGCGGCAGUGA